AUGGAUAAGCCAAGCCUCAAUGAAAUAAGUUUGGCAUGGAGCGAAGACUUUGAUGAUUCUCGGAAUAAAAUUUUAGAAUUGGACGUGCUUAAUGCAUUAAAGCCCCAUGAGAACUUAUCAACACUUGAAAUUAAGUAUUACGGGGGUGAGAAUUUCUCUAAUUGGAUUGGAGAUUCAGCAUUCCUUAAGUUAGCAGAGAUAAGCUUCGAAAAAUGUUACAAUUGCACGACUUUGCCACCAUUAGGGCAACUACCUUUGCUAAGAGACUUGACCAUUCAAGGCAUUAGUCAAGUAAAAGUGAUUGGAGCUGAAUUUUAUGGAAAUAGAGGCAACGGAGAAUUACCUUUUCCAUCACUCAUUAAUCUGACUUUUGAGGACAUGUCUAACUGGGAGGAAUGGCAUGGAAUAGAAGGUGUUAUUGAACUUCCUCGGCUACACAAACUGAACAUAAGAAGUUGUUCAAAAUUGGUCAGGCUUCCAAAACUCUUAGUGCCAUCCCUUCGUAAAUUAGAAGCUGAAGAGUGUAAUGUGGUGGUGCUAAAUCAUAUGCAGAAUUUGGAAUCUUUAACCCAAAUAGAAUUGAAGAAAAUUUUCGGAUUAACUUCAAUCAUCAAAGCAUUUGUACAGUUCCCUUUUACACUUGAAAGUCUUUCAGUUGAUGAAUGUGACGACCUUGUGACUCUAUGGCCAAGUGAUAAUACUGCACGAAACCUAGUCAAACUACGAAAAGUGCAUGUUAAAAGUUGUCCUAAGCUAGCGUCCCUUCAAGAGAUUAAUGUUCUUCCUAAUCUUAGGAUACUUGAGAUACAAGAGUGUGGAGUUUUGGAGUUAUUGCCUAAUAAAAUAUCUUGUCUUGAGAGGUUGGCUAUUGAUCAAUGUCCAUCAUUAAAGACAAUGAUGAAGCUACAGGAUUGCAGCACCUCGCUCCGUUACCUGGAGAUUAUGAAUAGUUGGUUGAAUUGGAAUUUGACAAAUUUACUAGGCUCUGGCCACAAUUACCAAAGUCUCACUCUUCUAUGUAUAAUUGGUUGUGAUGGUCUAGAGUCGUUUCCCCAUGGAGGCUUGCCCACACCAAAUUUAAGUGCUCUUUAUAUAAAUAAUUGUAAACAUCUCAAGUCUUUACCGGAUCGGAUGGAUCUACUUUCGUCCCUUUCAGUCCUGAGAUUCAUUAAUUGUGCUUCAUUAAUGGAACUCUUUCCCCAAGAGAAUAUUCCCCCAAAUCUGUCGAUCCUCGAAAUCAGAAAUUGCGGGAAACUAAAGCCCCUGGGGGAGUGGGGCCUACACAAACUCACCUCUCUUGAAGAAUUUGAAUUUGGUGGAUGCUGUCCAGAGCUGGUUUCCUUCACUAACAAUGCUGACGAAGAACACUGUGUGCUUCCUCCAUCUCUAACUUCAUUGUCGUUGUAUGAGCUGCCGAAUCUAGAAACCCUAUCGAAGGGCCUCCAAAGCCUCACCUCUCUUCAAGAAUUAAACAUCGACGGAUGCCCAAAGCUUGAGGCGUUGCCUAUGGAAGACCAACUUAAAAAGCUUUUGAGACUUCGGAUCGUAUGCUGCCCACUUCUUAAUAAACGGUGUUUGAAGAACAAAGGAGACUACUGGCCCAUCAUUGCUGACAUUCCCCUCGUCGUAAUUGAUGACCAUUCCGUCUUUGAUUCACGUCCAUGA